GCAGAGACGGCUGUGUGUGGUGUCCCUCAGCCCACAGGGUGGGGUGACUUGUUCCUUUAACCUGUCUAAUUUAUUCCUUAUUUAUUUAUUAGUUGCUGUUUAAUAAAUCAUAUUUGCUCUGAAGUACAUGUACAGUAGAACCUCAGCGUUACGGACACCUCGGGAAUGGUGGUUGUCUGUAACUCUGAAAUGGUCCGUAACCUGAAGAUGUUACGGAAUUCAGCCACUGCUGAAUUGGGGCUGCAGCCAUUGGGGGUGGAAGCAUCCAGUGUGAGGAGAGUACCCUGGAGUGGGGACAGCUGAGCCCCUGACCUAAGUGACUAUGAGAAGAUUAAGGAUGGAUCCCCACCAGGAUUUCUAGUCCGAGCCUUGUCAGGGUUACAAGGACAGUGGAAGAGGAGUCCUUGAGGUCAGGCAGGCCUCUGGGAAAACAGAGUGGGAAUUAGUACUCAGAUUCAUUCAUUAGUAAAUUCAACCGGGGUCCAUAUAAUCUGGUAAAGUUCCCCACAGAGGUGGGACCAUCUCCUACUAACAUAUAGGUUAUAUCCUAACAAGGAAUCUUGUAUUAUUAAUGCUAUCCCAGCCAUGUUCUUUGCACUAUUUUUUUAAAGGACUGGAAAUUCCAAGCAUUAAUGAUAUACAUUUUAUAUAUUUAUAUCUCUUAGAGACAGGAUAUUUUUAGGACAAAGAGAAUAACAAGGAUUCAAAAGAGCUGGUUGGGUCCCUUCUUCUUUCUUUCUUUCUUUCUUUCUUUCUUUCUUUCUUUGUCUCUCUCUGCAUCUCUCUCUCUCUGCUUUUCUCUCUUUAGGUCUCUACAUGACCUCAGUUGCAAUAGGAGCUAAUCAUUAAAAUUUUUAUUUCCCUUUCCAAUGUACCUUAAGUUUAUUGUCUUGCCUGCUGUGUGUUUCAGGUUUAUCGCCAUGGCAGAAAGAUCUCUUGCUUCACAAAUGUGUGAAGCUGCAAUAAGCUACAACAUGCCAGGUGUAAGCCAGUUCCCUGCCUCCACAGUGCUGAUCCAGCCACCACCUUCCCAGGAGCAAUUCUCAGCUCUUUCCCUCAGGAAAGCAGAGUGGGAUCCCCAGGAGUAGCUGACAUUGGAGUUGAGAGAAGUACUUCCAAAUGGUGGCAGAUGGACUGGAGUGCCAAACUCUACAGCUGCAAGGAAGAACUCAGAGAACUGUGAGAAAGAUACCAUUUUGGAGCUGGGGAUAGGAUACGGCUCUCCAUAAAAUGAUGGAAAUCUAGUCUUCCUACUCUGCUUUCUUUCUUUAUUCUCUAUUCUGACAAUUUCCUACUCCCCUUUAUGUCUUAUUCAAAUAUAUACUACCUCAUACUAUUGGUCAUCUGGUUUAAUUGUUCUUCCAUUCGUUAUCUUUUCAUAUUACCAAAGGUUCAACCCACAGCAUCUCAUCCUUCACCAAGAAUUCGCCAUUUUCCUCUCUGCUGGGCUUCUUGCUGGGCUCACUCAACUGCAUUGUCUUACAAGACCUCACUUUCUUGCCUGCUCAUGGAUGGAGAGAUAGUUUCUGGCAGAGUACAGGUUCCAAGACUUAACUCAAACCCUUUGUACAAAAUAGCACUGCUUCCUUUCCCUCUCCACCAUCCCUCCCCUUGACUAAUCAGCAAAUCUGCUCUAGGCAGCGCUUUGACAAUCCUUUGAUAACAGCCACAUAUGCUACUGAUGCCACCCAUAACCACCAGCUGGCUCACACAAUGUUAAGAUGAAAGACAACUGAAGAGUGCAACAUGCAUAUCACCCCCUGUGAGGCUGCAAUUCAUCCAAAGGAGGACUUACAAAGGCACUCAAGUUUGUUAUCUCAGAUCCUCCAUGCAGUUCUAGGAACUCUAUAAAAAGUGCUCACGACUCAGCACUCUUCUACACCUUUCUCCGGACUUUAUCUCCUCGGUGAUUCGGGUUUACCUCCAUCCCAGAAAGAUGACUUUCUCCAGCCUGUGGUAUCCAGAAUGCGGGGUGGCCCGGCCUAGUCCAGUUACUGGCAGCUCCAACGAGCCAUGCGUUAGGCAGUGCCCUGACUCUAAAGUGGUGAUCAGACCUUCAGCGGUUGUUGUGACCCUCCCUGGACCAAUUCUCAGCAAUUUCCCUCAGCAGAGUGAAGUGGCAGCCAUAGGAGCACCUGUGGUUGGAGCCAGUUUCAGGGGCUCAUUUGGUUUGGGGGGAUUGUACGGCUAUGGAGGCCAUUACGGAGCAUUGUAUGGUUUAGGGAGAUUAGGUGGUUACAGGGGCCUUUACAGUUACAGAGGAUUAUUGGGCCAUGGGGGAUACUGUGGUUACCUGGGUCUUUACAGUUAUGGGGGAUUAUUGGGCUAUGGGGGACACUGCGGUUACCAGUCCUUUAUGGUUACGGAGGAUUAUAGGGAUACGGGGAUAUGGCCGUAG